AUGCACGGGGACUAUGAGCAACUCGGGUUUGUUGAAAAAUUGAAAAUACGGGUGGCAUAUCUUCUGUUGGAAGCAUCGAAAAAUCCAUGGGAUGCGGCAAAGACAAUCAUCACAUGCAUGAUGCCGUUAUUGCUUCUGGCUGCAGUUCUUGCUUACAAACUUCAAAUGUCAUUAAAUAAGCAGAAAAAGUUGAAAAAGGCUCAAAAGAAGAAAGAAAAACUUUUGCAAAAGUUGAAGGCGUCACAAAAAAGUGAAAUGGUGACGAUAGAAAGUAAUCCGAAAAUGAUUGACAAUGAAAAGAUCGAGAAAAGGAAACGAGAGAAGAAUAAGAAAUCGAUGGACGAGAAAGAGCUUCUCAAAAUGGCAGAAAUGGUUUGCGGGGAACCGGUGGAAGAAAUUGAAGAAGAUUCGAAUAAACAUCUCAAAAGUGAA